CUACCUCCCCUUCUUCCUUCACCGCGGCUCUGACAACCGCCACCUCCUCUUUAAUUCCAUCGACCAUCUCAUCUUCCUCAACUUCACCGUCUUCUCCUCAACCUCAAAUUCGCCUGCGUUGCAUCCACCACCGUUGCAUCCAGCCCCCCUCCUCCAGUGGCAACACUUGGAAAAACAGCCAAAAAAGGGGCAAAUACAAAUUAAUCUUACUGUAAGAAGAAGAGAGAGAAGUAAAAUCGUUACCCCAUGUCGAGCGAUCCAAGAGACGACGUUGAUCGUCUUUUUGCCUGCUUCAAAUGCGGGCUCUCAACGCCCGAAUCUGCUCCGAAGAAAAGGAAAAGCCUUGUGAAGAAACCUAGGGCUAGCUCAGCAAAUGGGGAAUCAUCUUCAGUCAACGGGGCAACUACGGCAAGUUGUUCUAAGCAAGAGGAUCAUCAUUCACCGAAGAGUGAGAAGCUUGGUGGAUCAAUUUCUGCAGCAAUCAAGUUCAGAAAUGGCAAACAUAUAUCUCCAAUUGUAUUUUAUGGUUCACCACAUGGUGCACCUGUUAAGAAACCAUCACAAUUAUUGCGAUUGUUGCAUGAAAUUCGUGGUGAUCUCAGAGAACAGAAUAAAUUGAUUCCAAGGGAGGAGGUUUGGGCUACUUUUCCAAGACAAGAAGAGGCUGUGAAAUUUGCUAAAACACAUACACAGACUUAUGUUUUUAGCUAUCAAGACCAUUUGACUGGGCAAAGAAGGUUCCUUGUAUCUACGUAUGAUGAGUUCUGGAGAAGGUACAAAAAUAUGGAUCCCAGACAGCGCCACCAUUAUGAAGUUAUUCAAGAGGGUUUGCCGUGCCACUUGUAUUUUGAUCUAGAAUUCAGUAAGAAAGUCAACUCCAGCAGCAAUGUAGAUGAGAUGGUAGAUAUCUUAAUAUCUGUCACCUUAAAAGCCCUAUACGACAAAUAUUUUAUUGAAGGAAAUGAAGAUUGGGUAUUAGAGCUUGAUUCAUCUACUGAAGAAAAGUUUUCACGUCAUUUGGUUAUCCAUGUACCGAAGACUGCCUUUAAGGACAACUCACAUGUGGGGGCAUUUGUUUCUGAGGUGUGUUCGCGCAUCACCAGUUUACGGGAAAGUGACCCUCAGUUUGAGAAACUUUACAUUAGAAAAGAUUCAAGCACAUCUGACUGCACUGAUCACCUUUUCCUCGAUAGUGGUGUUUAUACACGAAAUCGCUGUUUUCGUCUAGCUCUCUCAUCGAAGGCUGGGAAAAAUGCUUUUCUUCAGCCAACUGGACGCUUUAGAUGUAAGAAUAUGAAUGAACAACAAGUGUUCUUGGAAUCACUUAUUUGCAGAAUUGAUGUGGACUGUGACAAACUGUUAACAUGCAAAAUGGAUUUGGAUUGCAAGAAAAUCCUUUGCUUUGAGACUGAGGUCCAUGAACACAUAAAUGGCACCCUGCGAGAUAUUCCAUUAAGUGCUUCUGGAAAUGAUGUUCCAAGCUCAUACUUUUCUGGAAGAUCUCCAUUCCCAGCUUUGGACACUUUUGUGGAAUCUAUUGCCUCUACUGGAAAUAUUUCAGGAAAGAUCCGGUGUUGGUACUGGUUUUCGGCAUAUGGUUUGAUGAUUUAUAGUAUGUCAAGAAAUAGAUAUUGUGAGCGGAUAGGAAGAGAACAUAAAAGUAAUCACGUUAUUUAUGUUAUUGAUUUUCAAAGGGCCGGCUACUACCAGAAGUGUCAUGAUCCUGAUUGUAAAGGUUAUCGUUCCCCCUUGCGACCAUUACCAUGGGAUGUAAUUCCCAAUAGUUCAGCAACAUAUGAUUCAUCACGGGCAGAACACAACAUGGAGGUUUUAAAUACAAAUUUAGAUCUUCAACCUAGUAUAGUUAACCUGGAAUAUCAUUCACGUGAUGGAGAGUGGAUUAUGAACAGCUGCAAGAAAGAUAGCAGUUGGUGGCAUGAAGCAAUCAGAUAUGCUGACCACGUUGAAAGUUUAGGAAAUGCACCUCAGUUCAGCAAAUUGAUUCCCUUGUUGUGGUUGGUACCAAUCGAAGCAGCUAUCACGCAAAAGUACAAAUUCUGGAGGGGAAAAAUCGGAUAGUACCGGAGUAUGACAUGGAUGAAGAUUGUGGGUGGUGGAGGGAUGCAGUAAAGAUCGCAUCUCAAGUAGAAGAACAAAUUACUUGACUUAAUGAUGGAUAAUGUCAGUAGCCAUAAGACUUACUCCAAUCGUCCCGGGUGCUCCAGGUGGCAGAAUAUGGUUAAGUCUGUUAUCUGACAAUCAAAACUGUAAUUAAUAGUUUACGGGAAAGAAUUACCAGGAACAAUAUGCGCAUGUAUGUUGUCUACCCUAAUCUAAUUUUAUGUAAAACUAUGUAUAUAUAAGCUGUUAAGCUUUCUGAGAAGACUAAAGAUUUGAAAGCUGGGUCUGGUUCC